GUAAUUCAGUUGAUAAUAUUAUUAUUUUUGUUUAAUCGUGUCACCCUGUUUUCCCCUUUUGGUUUAACCUAGCAAAAUAUGCAGCCGUCACUGUAAUUCAAGCACACCGCUGGUUCAUCCUCCCGUUCUCUGAUCUUCACUUCUUCUUCAGCGUCACUGAUAAUGGGGCGGAAAGCUGGUGGGCUUUUUAUCAAUUCUAAGAGGUUCAGUUCACUUCAUAAACCUUGCAUGAAGGAAAUGAUAAUGUUUAUGAACUGUAUGGCUACAAGCCAUAGUGAUGUCGAGGCAUGUGCGAAGCAGAAGGAAAUAUUAAAUACAUGUAUAGAAUCUCAGAGUAAAAAGAACCGAAAGUCUUGGGGGAGUAUCAAUUAUCAACUGCAGAGGCUUAGCCGAGGAAGGAAGUAGUAUGAGAUUUUCUUAUAUUUAUUAAUCAUUUUUACAAAUCAAGAUUGUUUUCUUGAAAUCUUAUCAUGAUACAGUUAAAAUGAUCAUAUAGUCUUUUAAAAUUAUCUUGAUGGUGAAAUUUCUAGUGUUUCUCUAUUUAACCAUUUAGUUAAAGUUGAAAGAGUUGAUGGAAUUAUUUUGAAGAAUACCAAUGUAAUUUGUUCUGUAUCAAUUAAAGCUUUGAUAAGCUGCAAAUAAUUUAUGAAA